AUGGAUCACAAACCGUCCUUCACCUUCCAGGCUGGUACAUCAGACCUGCAGCUGAAGGCCAGCAAAGAAGCUGUCAGAGUCUCCAAAGACAACCUGAAGAGGGCAGCCUCACCUCCAACACCAGGGAGCUGGCUGAGACAUAAGCUGUGUCAAGGGUCUCACUGCUGGGGGGGAACCCGGCGGACCGCUGGCAGCUCCUCAGCCAGACAGAGCUCCAGUUCGGUCAGUACCGGGGUCAGACUUUCCAGUGGCUGCUGUCCAAUGACGUGGGCUACACGGCAACAAUUCUGGCAGGGCAUCAGGGAGAGCGUGAGGGGGGGGGAUGUCAGCUGCACCCCCCUCAUGUGGAACAGGAAGUGGCUCAAGAAGCAGUCUGUCAGGAGGCCCGGGUCCCAACUGGCGCAGCUGAAGGAGUAUAUCGACAGAAGGGACAAGGAGAAGCAGCCUGUCGCCUCCUCAGCUGCAUCAGCAGCCGCCACCUCCCCAGCUGUCUCCCCCUCCACUACAUCUCCCCCCAAACAGCGGAGGAAGAGAAAGCCAGCGUUCCUGUCUUCCUCAGAAGACGAGGACGACCAUCUGAUGGUGGAGGCAGCGGCUCAGGUGGAGGCUGAUUUAGCUCCUCCUCCUCCUCCUCCUCCUCCUCCUCCUCCUCCUCCUCCUCCUCCUCCUCCUCCUCCUGCCCAGCAGCAGAGAGCUCUGGUAACUCAGGCACCACCUCCUCUGCGACUAGUCACUCCUCCCCCUCAGCUGCUCCUGCCGGCAGCCUGGAGGAGCAGCCUCCCUGCAGAGCAGCACGAGUGGGUCAGCAGGGCUCUAUUUGUGGCUGACAGGGCAGGGAGGCCCGUCCUGUCCCCGGAGCUCCAGCUGUGGCACCACCCCCCAGGCCCCUGGCCGAAGUACUCCCAGCGGCCCUACCCAGAUGCUUUCUUCCAGCGGCCCUUCUUCCUCUGGGCUCCAUACAAGAGGUGGAAGUACCACCUGAAGUGUCCAAACUGCGCACACAAGCUGACAGGUGGCGGUCUGUACAAGACCGUGCGCAGAGUUCUGGACAUGGACGGGUGGUACUACAUGGGGACGGAGUACCUGGAGUGCAGCUCCUGCACCAAGAAGUGUGCCAGCUGGUCUGCGAGCAUCAGGAGCCAGCUGGACCUGGACCACCAGCUGCUCUUCCCUGCUGUGCUGACCUACAGGCUCUCUUGUGACCGGAAGGCGCUGGCUCAGAUGAAGGGGCGCACGCUCGGCAACAGCGCCAGCCGGCUGCACUCCUUCCUGGUGGAGCAGCACACGGCAGAGUGGAUGAGGAGGAGCAUCCACUACCUAAACACCUGCAGGAAGUUUGAGGUUGCAGGUGUGCAGAUGCCUCCUCCUCAGCCUCCACCACAGAUGGUGACUGUCCCCAGCAGCGGCUGGCUUCUGUCCACCUACGUCCUGGAGUCCUUCACGAAGAUAGAGGAGCUUAAGGCGAAGGUGACUUCAAUCUUUGGCUCCAUCCUCAAAAUGGACUCCACCAAGAAGGUGAGAAAUGUGACCAAGAAGCUGGCGGGAGCCGACGCUGGUACCGCUCUGUGGAUGAGCAGCGUGGGGAACGAGCUGGGGCAGGUCCGUGCUGACGGCCGCUGAGGGCUACGGCCUGAGAGACAUGACAAGGGGCCUGCAGGAGCGGUACCAGCUGGCAGGGAAGGAGCCUCCACAGGUCCUGUAUGUGGACAGGGACUGCUGCCGGAGGGACGGAGGCACCUGCGCUGCAGCUGCUCUCUUCCCCGCCUGGCCACACCUGGCUGUCAGGCUGGACAUCUGGCAUUUUAUACGCCGACUGGCAGCAGGUGUGACCUCGGAGAGCCACCCCCUCUACCCCGAGUACAUGCGGCGUCUCUCCAGCUGCAUUUUUGA